AUGUCAUUCCGCAGUCCCUUCGCAAUUCCCCGUCGGGUAUGGAGCAGUGCCGCAACCUCCGCCAUGCGGCCAAUGCCUCGGAACUGCCUGGCUUUUGGCGGCAACCAGAGAUACAGUAUGGCGACAGUAGUACCCCCAGUCACGCAGGAUGCGACAGGCUCGAAGGGUCCCACCGCAAUGGUUUUCCUGAACAUGGGUGGCCCAUCAACAACGGCCGAGGUGGAGGAUUUCCUCGGCAGGCUAUUUGCUGAUGCCGAUUUGAUCCCCCUGGGACGAUUCCAAACAUACCUCGGUCCUCUCAUCGCGCGCCGACGGACGCCCAAGAUCCAGAAGCAGUAUGCAGAGAUCGGUGGUGGCUCGCCAAUCCGGAAGUGGUCCGAGUACCAAUGUGAGGAGACGUGCAAGCUUCUGGACAAGAUGUCUCCGGAAACCGCCCCGCACAAGCCCUACGUCGCUUUUCGUUACGCUGCUCCGUUGACGGAGACCAUGUAUAAUCAAAUGUUGGCCGAUGGCUUCGGAAAUGGCAAGGGAGGUCGCGCAGUCGCCUUUACGCAAUACCCUCAGUACUCCUGUUCUACAACUGGAAGCUCGUUGAAUGAGCUGUGGAAGUGGCGCAACCGCCUGGAAGGAAAGCGUGCUAGCGGCGAGCCCGAGCCUGCCGGUGCCAUCGAGUGGAGUGUCAUUGACCGGUGGCCUACUCACCCUGGUCUUGUUGAAGCCUUUGCUCAGAACAUCGAGGCACAGCUGAAGACCUACCCGGAGGAGAAGCGAAAGGAGGUUGUGUUGCUAUUCUCUGCUCACAGCUUGCCCAUGGAUGUUGUCAACCGCGGUGACCCCUACCCGGCCGAAGUCGCUGCGACUGUUCACGCCGUUAUGCAGCGUCUGAACUUCAGCAAUCCUUACCGCCUCUGUUGGCAGUCUCAGGUUGGCCCGAAGGCAUGGCUUGGAGCCCAGACCCAAGAUACCGUGAUGGAAUACGUUAAGCGCGGCCAGUCCGAUUUGAUCCUGGUGCCGAUUGCGUUUACUAGCGAUCACAUCGAGACCCUGUAUGAGUUGGACCUGGAGGUCAUGCACGAAGCCAAUAGCCCCGGAGUCAAGCGGGCGGAGAGCCUGAACGGCAACCCGGUCUUCAUCCAGGCCUUAGCCGAUAUUGCCUAUGCACACUUGAAGAAGGGCGAGCCAUGCUCAGCCCAAAUGACUCUGCGCUGCCAGGGUUGCAAGAGCGACCGAUGCUUGGAGUCGAAGAAGUUCUUCGCCGGCAAGCAGCGUGCUUCGCUGGUUAUGUAA